UGUCCUCGGCGCAAAACCAUGGGCAGCAACCGAAAAGGAUCUAUCUUUCUAUCUCUUCCUCUCACAGAGGAUGAGAAAGAUCAAACUCUUGACCCUCUUCUGGUUUCAUUCUUAUAUGUGAGAGCUUCUCUCUGUAUUUUUCUCUCGAUUACUGGAGGUGUCGAUUUUGGGGCACCCAAGUUGAAGUUGAAGGGUAGAGCAUUACCAUGUGAAGAGAGGAUUUGAAGUAGAAGUCUUGGGGAUUGAUUCUCUGAUAAGUUUGUACAGAGGGGGAGAGGACAGGAGAGAAGAGGGGAGGAAGGAAAGGAAUGGAAAGCAAUGGAGGGAUGUCGGGGCCGAUGCUCCCGGGAAUGUUAGGCCUGGAGAUGCCCCUGCACCAGCAGCAUCCCCGCCACCACCUCCAGCAGCAGCCGCCGCAGCAGCACCAGAUAUCCCCCUUUGCCUCUUCCCUCAUCCACGACUCCGGCGCAGACCACCACUCUCAUCAACAGCAGCAGCAGCAGAGGCACCCGUACGGGAUGGCCAUCGCUUCCAAGGCCGCCACCGCCACCACCACCACCACCACCACCAGCAAGCAGCAGGUCUCGUUCAGCGACGACGACGAGGCCGCCAGCGGCUACGCUGCCGAAGAUGGCAACGGGGCCGGCGACGCGCAGAACGGGAAAAGAGGGUCUAUGUGGCAGAGGAUGAAGUGGACCGAUGACAUGGUUAGGCUGCUCAUAAUGGUCGUGUUCUUCGUCGGAGACGAUGGCGCUGGGCUGGACGUCGGCGGGGAGGCAGGAAAGAAGAAGGUUCUUGGUGGUGGGGGAAGCAGUGGCGGCGGCGGGGGUCUGUUGCAGAAGAAGGGGAAGUGGAAGUCUGUGUCGAGGGCGAUGUUGGAGAAGGGAUAUAGAGUCUCCCCUCAGCAAUGCGAGGACAAGUUCAAUGACCUCAACAAGAGGUACAAGAGGGUGAUCGACAUCGUCGGGAAGGGAACGGCUUGCAGAGUCGUGGAGACUCCGAGCCUCCUCGAAACGAUGGAUCACAUCUCGCCGAAGAUGAAGGACGAGGUGAGGAAGCUCCUCAAUUCGAAGCAUCUGUUCUUCAGGGAGAUGUGUGCCUACCACAGCAGCUGCGCUGGUGGCCACCAAUCUUGCGAGGCCGAUGCCCCUCUGAUACCUCCCCAGCAGCAGCAGCAACAACAGUCAAUGUCUAGGCCCCAAGAGCAACGUUUCCUGCAAGAUUCUGGCGGCGCGGGUGCGCCCAACAAGGAGGUUGAGGGCGAUAAUGGGGAGGAUUACGACGAUGACGACGACGAUGAUGAGGACGAUGAUGAAGAUGAUGAUGAGGUUGGUUACGGGGACGAUAAUGACGCCGGAGAAGACGACGAAAGCAAAGGAUUGUCGAGAAAGAGGCCGCGAAGAAGAGGUGGUGGUGAUCGUGGUAGCAUGUUAUCCUUUUCGCCAAUGCAGCAGCAGCUCAAUUCGGAGAUGGCGAGAGUGUUUCAGGAUGGGGGAAAGACGGCGUGGGAGCAGAGGCAGUGGAUCAGGAGCCGGGCUGUGAUGCUGGAGGAGCAGAGGGUGAGCUACCAGUGCAGAGCAUUCGAGCUAGAGCAGCAGCGGUUCAAGUGGCAGAAGUACAGCAGGAAGAAGGAGAGGGAGUUCGAGAGGAUGAAGCUCGAUAACGAAAGGAUGAGGCUCGAUAACGAGAGGAUGUCCUUACUGCUGAGGCAGAAGGAGAUGGAAAUGGAUUCCAUGAUCAAGAGAUCAGAUCCUUCCUCCAUCACUGGAUAGCCAACCUCUCCCUCUCUUUCGCUCUCUCAUUGUGCCUCAAUUUUUUCAUGUUUUUGUAUAAUUUUGUAGUCAAUCCUUCUUCUGUUAUGGGUUGUUGGUUCUUGUUCUUUUCUUAGGGAAGCUAUCAAAUCCCUUAAUUUGAUGGUCUUUACUGAUGGGGGUGGGGUUUGGCUUUUAUACUUCUCAAUAGCUAUGGUGCUUUCUUCCCUGUACUCUUUUGACUCACUUGAGAUAUAUAACAAAAAAAUCUUCUAUC